GUUUGACCUAAAAUUUAGGCUAAAACAAAGCUAGACUAGAUGUAAAACUCCAACUACACUACUAGAACUUCAACAUAGAAUCUAAAUCUAGAUUAGAUCUAGAUUCUAGAUCUAGAUUUAUCAAGACUAGUCUUGAUCUAGAAUCUCAUAGACAUAAUUGCCAAAAUUUAAAGUAAUAUUAAUAUUUGUCUAACGACAAAAAAAUAUUAAAAAUGAGGCCCAAUAGAGGCAGACCAGGUAUACGUGGUGGUAUGAGAGGUCCAGUUCGGCCCUUUGGAGGACCUCCUGGUCCAUUUCGACCUUUUAUACCACAUAUUCCAUUUGAUCUUGUUCAGUGUGAAAAUGCUUUUCCACGUGCUAAGCCAGUCCCUGAAGAAAAAGCUCUAACUGAUCAUUCAUCUAAUUAUUACCAGGCAUUGCUAAAGCGGCACACAGAUUUGACACCAUCUUCAGCUGAGCAGGCUUCUAUCUUGGCACUUGUGACAAAAGUUCAAGGAAUUCUAGACAACCUUGUUAUUGCUCCCUCUGGCUUUGAAGCAGCUACCUUAGAGGAAGUUAGACAAGUUGGGUCUUUUAAAAAAGGGACUAUGUUAGCCGGACAUAAUGUAGCUGAUAUUGUUGUAAUGUUCAAAACAUUACCUACAAAGGAAGCUGUAACUGCACUUGCAAAUAAAGUAUCAGAUGAAAUAAAAUCUCAGGAACCGCAGGAAGAAGCGGUGCCUCCACGAAAAAGAGUAGCACAGAAUUUACCUAAAACAGUUGUAGCUAUGUUGCCUAAUGAAUCAGGAUUUGAAGUGGCCAGUGGAGAUGCUGCAGUCCAAUGUCUCAUCACAACUAUUCCUCCAAAUUUAAAAAAAUUGGACCCAGAAUUGCAUUUAGAUGGAAAGAUGAUGAACAGCCGUUUAGCUGCAAUUCGACAUGCACGCUGGUUUGAAGAGAACGGGCAACAUUCUAGUGUUAAAGUUCUUAUUAGGUUACUUAGAGAUCUCAAAAACAGGUUUGAGGGAAUUUCACCACUGACACCUUGGAUUAUUGAUUUAUUGGCACAUUUUGCAGUGAUCAAUAAUCCUUCACGUCAACCACUGCCCAUAAAUCAAGCAUUCAAGAGAGCACUCCAAAUGUUGGCUGCAGGUUUUUUUUUACCAGGAUCUGUUGGCAUUACAGAUCCAUGUGAGCAGGGAACUAUCAGAGUCCACACAGUCAUGACUUUAGAACAGCAGGAUCAAGUUUGUUUUACAUCCCAAACUCUGUUGCGAGUACUUAGUCAUGGAGGUUACAAACAGAUCUUAGGAAUGGAGGGCAAUGCCAGUAUAGCAACUGAGAUGAGUGUCUGGGAAGGCGUGGUUGUUACACCUUCAGAAAAAGCUUAUGAAAAGCCACCGGAAAAAAAAGAAGAACAAGAAGAUGAAAUGGAUGAAGAAAUGGAUGGAGAAAAUGUAUAGUGUUUCUAGAUUGUUUUUCUUGGUGUUUUUAUAAAACAAAUCUUUGACACAUGAUCUACAUACAUGAAAUACGUGAAGUUAUGCAGGGUAGCAAAAAAUUAAUUAAUUCUUGUAAACAUUUAAGUAAUGACACUUUGGUCUUCUAACGCAGAUGUACAAUUGUGGAAACCAUCAUCUUUUUAUGCAUGUUGACUGGGUUCAAUCAGAAGUUUGUGUUCCUUGUCCAUUUGAACACCCUUUAGUUGUAAAAGCAGUAUUUACCUUACAUGCAAAAAUCUUUACAUUUAAAUGAAGUGCUUGUAUUUUCAAAAAGCCAGCUCAUAACUUCAUAAGGAAUUUUUGUAUUUAAAAAUUUAAAUUUUAGUUGAAAUUUACAUGAAAGAAACAAAAAAAAAGGUUUAAUAAAUCUUAUAUUGAUUCAUGACAAAUUAGAAUGCUGCUUAUAGUUAAAGCAUAUAUCAUGGUUCAUUUAAAAAAAAAUAUCUUCAUUGUUUCUGGUUUUAUUUUGACAAUAAAAAAAAUCAUUGAAAAUGCUGUCAUAAUUUUUUUCUAAUUAUAAUAUUUAAUAACAGAUUGUUCCUAUAUAAAUUAUUUUCAGAGCAAUUUACACAUACACAAUACACUUUGGUUACUAUAUUUGUAUUCCCGUGAGGAAGGCAGGCUAAGUUAAAUCACAAACAUUUACUAAUUAGCUGGUAGUUAGGGUCAAAAUGUCAUUAUUUUUGUGGAUAUGAUAAAUGGUUGACCUAUUAAGAUGAGAAUCUAGUUUAAAAUGCUUACUUAAAUAAUUGUGAAUGACCUUUUUAAAUAAAAGCAAUGUUAUUUCAUGUUGUUAUUUUUUAAGUUUUCUGUUGAUGUUUUGUUCUUGGGAUUUCUAGACUAAUUUUUACAUGUGAAGGUUUUUAAUCCAUGAAAUUAUAAUUGUUCAUUCAAUCAAAAUUCAAUCACCAAAAAUAUUUCAAUAAUUCUUGAACCAUGUUUCACAUGUAUUAUCAAUAAAGAAAACUUUUGUUUUUAAA